AGAACCCUUGUAGCUGCACAAAAAUACAGUAAUAGCAUAGAAAGUCAUGGACGGAAAGGAUUUGAAGCUUUUGGGUACAAAGCUAAGUCCAUUCAGUCACAGAAUUGAGUGGGCAUUGAAGUUGAAAGGCAUAGAAUAUGAAUUCAUAGUAGAAGAUCUCAAGAACAAGAGCUCAUUGCUUCUUGACUCGAAUCCGGUUCACAAGAAAGUUCCAGUGCUCAUUCAUGGUGGAAAACCGAUAUCAGAAUCACUAACCAUUCUUGAGUACAUCGACGAGACUUGGAAACAUAAUCCUAUCUUGCCAGAAAGUCCCAUGGAGAGAGCCGACAUGCGUUUCUGGGCUAAAUUUGUGGAUGAAAAGCUGUAUGGAGCGUCGCAUAAGGCAUUUUAUUCAAUCGGGGAAGAUCAAGCAAAGGCACUUGAUUCAAUAGCUGAAGGGUUGCAAUUUCUUGAUGGAGAGAUAAAUGGGAAGAAGUUCUUUGGAGGGGAGGAAAUCGGAUUUCUUGAUAUUGUGGCAAGUGUGUUUGCAUAUUGGUUCAAGUUUGCAGAGGAAGCUGCUGGUAUUGAGUUAGUAGACUCAACAAAAUACCCUUCAUUUGCUUCGUGGAUUGAUAACUUUGUGCAAGUUCCUGUCAUAAAAGACAACCUUCCACCUCCUGGCGAAUUGCGCCGUGUUUGUCAUACACUGCGAAUGAUUUGGCUAGCCAAACUGGAUGAAGAGAUCGAAAGACAAUAAUUAAGGUAUUGUGUGUACUUCUCUUCUGUUCUUGGUGUCAAAGCACUUCUAGUCCCAAAAGUGCAUCAGUUAAAAAUAAAGGAACAUUAGUUCAAGCCAAAAUGAACAUAAAUUUCAGCAUAUAAUGAUUUCAUGAUUAAAACUGUCACACAAUUGUUGUCAAAAUACACUAAUCAAGACCAUCAUCA